AUGGGUGUUAUUUGUGCAUCAAUAUUAUUAUUAUUCGAAGAAGAAGAUGCUUUUUGGAUGAUGUGUUCAAUAGUUGAAGAUCUUCUACCUGGACAAUAUUAUUCUGUAUCAUUAUAUGGUGUACAAGUUGAUAUACGUGUAUUUCGUUAUUUAAUUGAACAAUAUUUACCAAAUAUUCAUAAUUUAUUAACUGAAUAUGAUAUUGAUUUAACAUUAACAUGUUUUCAAUGGUUUUUAACACUUUAUUCAAAUGUAUUUCAUGUUAGAUUUCUUUAUCAUUUAUGGGAUUAUUUUUUUCUUUAUGGUUCUAUAAUAUUAUUUCAAAUAGGUUUAAUGAUGUUAAAACAAUAUGAAAAAAAUUUAAUUGAAUCAACAAAUAGUACACAAAUAAUUAAUUUUUUGUGUGAAUUACCACAAUUAUUUGAAUAUGAAUAUGUUCAUAAUAAUGAAAUAUUUGAAGAAUUACCAAAAUUAUUUAAUUUAACAUCAACAAUAAUUGAUUUAUGUAGAAAAAAAUAUUUAGCACAAUUAAUGUCACAAGAAGGUUUUACAAUAAAUCCUAAAAUGCCAUUACUUAAUUUACCAAAAGAUAUUUUACAACGACGACAUAAUCAAAAAUUAAAAUCAACUAUAUCAUCAAAUAAUUCUCAAGCACUUAUUGAACGUAAUAUAAUACAAACAGAAAUUCUUGUUAAUUUACGUGAAGCUAUACUUAAAAUAGCUAAACAUUUUAAAGAUAAUGAUUCAGAUAGUUAUAUUGAACAAAAUAUUAAUCUUGAUGUUGAUUAUUCAAUUGAAUCACAUGUUAAAGAUCAUGAACAUUAUGCAAAUAUAUCAUUACAAAAAUAUAAACGUGCGAGAGCUUUAUUAGAUUUUGAAAGUCAAGAUUCAAAUGAAUUAAAUUUUAAACGUAAUGAUAUUUUAAAAAUUUUAUCUAUGACAGAUGAAGAUUGUUGGAUUGGAGAAUUAAAUGGUAAACAUGGAUGGUUUCCAGCUAAAUUUGUACAAUUAGUUGAUGAAAGAUCGAAAUUAUAUUCAUCAGCUGGUGAUGAUAGUGUUAAUGAAUAUAUAUCAGAUCUUGUUAGAGGAAAAUUAGCUACUUGUAUUAAAGCUAUAUUUGAACAUGGAUUAAGAAAAACACCAACUGUACUUGGUGGUAUAUGUCAUCCAUGGCUUUUUAUUGAAGAAGCAGCAUUACAUGCAAUAAAUAAAGAUUUUGAUAGUGUUUAUGCUCGUCUUAUACUUUGUAAAACAUAUCGUUUAGAUGAAGAUGGUCGAAUAUUAACACCUGAAGAACUUUUAUGUCGUUGUAUACGUUCAAUUAAUUAUACGCAUAAUCUUGCUCAUGCUCAAAUGGAUGUUAAACUACGAUCAUUUAUAUGUGUUGGUCUUAAUGAACAAGUUCUUCAUUUAUGGUUAGAAACAUUAUGUUCAUGUACAGAUAUUAUUAAAAAAUGGUAUUUACCUUGGUCAUUUUUACGAUCACCUUGUUGGGUUCAAAUAAAAUGUGAUCUUCGAGUUUUACAACAAUUUUCAUUUACAUUACAACAAAAUUUUGAAUUACCAAUAGCAUAUAGACAAUUAGAUGUUCUAUCAGAUGUACGAGAUAUGCUUAUAAAACAUCAUUUAUUUAGUUGGGAUCUUUAA